UUCUGACCAUGUUAAUGAGAGGCUGAAGUCCAGCGUGGCCUGCGGGGUCUGCAGCAUGUGUCAUUAGUGUAAACAGCGCGCGAGCAGCAGCAGCAGAGCAGCGGAGCAGCAAGUUCCCUUCUGGAUGCUCGGAUAUUUCCCGCACUGGAGAAACUCGCCGUUCCACUUUCGCUCGGAGGAUUUGGGUGUUGACGAUGGCGUUCGCCAUGCUGCGGCCCGUGGCCUCGCACCUGGCCUACCCGGAGCACUGCGCGCUCUCCGACGACGAUGACAACCGCAGCGAGAGCGACGGCAGCUCGGACCAGAGCUAUGGCUGCUGCGCGAGCGAGGAGAAGCGGCGGCGCGCGGCGCGCAGGCCCGGCUCGACCACCGCGCUCGUCGUGAAGCAGCGGAACGCUGCGAACGCACGCGAGCGGGACAGGACACAGAGCGUGAACACGGCGUUCACGGCGCUGCGCACGCUCAUCCCCACAGAGCCCGUGGACCGCAAACUGUCCAAGAUCGAGACGCUGCGCCUCGCGUCCAGCUACAUCUCCCACCUGGCCAACGUGCUGCUGACCGGCGACGGUGGCGAGGACGCGCAGCCGUGCCUGAGCGCGGGGUGUCGCGCGCAAGGGGACGGAGGCAGCAAGCAGCCGCGCACCAUCUGCACCUUCUGCCUGAGCAACCAGAGGAAAGGGGUGAAGGAUGGUAAAGACUGUCUACGGAUGCGCGGAAUAACUUCAGUGCGCGUGAGCCGCCGGUAGCCGCCCACAAGCCGCCGGCCGCGAGCCGCGAGAUGCCGAACUCAGGGAGCGCGGAGACUGCAGAGCGCGCGCAGGAGCGCCCAGCCGAGACUGACUUACAGACUGACACUUACAGGAGCCGUAAGUGAUGCAGACACAGCUCUUUACGGGGAUUCUUUCUUAUUGUCGUUUUGUUUUUGUGUAUUUGUUCGUUUGUUUCUUUGUUUUUUUUAAACAUGCAGUGCAUAAACCUUUGUUUUCUCUAAAGAGAAUUUAUGGAUUUUUGUAAAAAAAAAAUGUGUGUGAACAGGAGGUUUGUAUCCCACUAUGAAGAAAUAAAGUAUAUUUUUUAUCAGA